CAUCCUUGCAAACAAUCACCACCGCUCACAGUUUCAAAACAAUGGCCUUUAACAAUGCUUAGCUUCGCCCUGUCGUUGUUUUCAAAAAUCAAGGCUUUCGCAACGCCAUUGUUCACUCACGAUAUCUUCGCUGUUUCCGCGAUAGGCCUAUCUAUCCCUCCUUCACCAUCUCUCCUUCAGCCUUUUCCAAAUAUGACAUGGAUGUCUCCUCCCUGAUUGCUGGAUUAGGGUGGGAGUCGUUGACUGAAGAUCAACGGUUUCUCCAUUGUCCUGAGGCAGUAAGACUAUUCUACGUGAAUAUUCGUCGUGAUCAUGGCCCUGAGCCACUCUCCUUCAUAACUAUGGUCUAUGACCAUGAAAUCACUGUCUCUCCUGCCCUACUUGCAUCAGUCCUCUCUCUUCCUCACUCUGGAAUUCAAGCCAGUUAUGAGAGUGACUUCGUUGCCCAUGGGUUCAACUUCUGUGCUGCUCUUGAUCACCUGACCCAGGACAUUGGCAAGGCCUUUCCUAAUAGGCUCUCAGCUGGUCGACUCCCUGACGACCUAAAGGUUCUUCACUUUUUCAUUACUCGAUGCUUCCUUCCCAGAGAUGUCGAUAGUGCUGGUCUUCUCCACUCUGACAAUCUCUGGAUUCUGAGCAAUGCUCGUGCACAUAGAUCCAUUAGCUAUGCCUCCUUGGUGUUCUCUCACAUCCUCAAGUUUGGAGGUGGUUGUUACAAUGGUGCUCUACCCUUUGGGCCCCUCAUCACUCGUUACUUGUAUCGUCUUGCCAUAGAUCUCCGGGAUAAGGUGGCUGUUUGCAAUGUCCAUGAUGACUUGCGCCCCAAUCAUGUCCUUGUCCGCCUUGAUGCUGAUGUGGGCCGACGUAAGCUCGUCUCUGGCUCAGGGGGAGAAGUGAUCUGCUGCUCAGCCUUUUCCCAUGCCAACCCUGCCAAUCCUCUUUCCGACAGGCUGCUUCCAGCCUUAACCCAAGCUGCAGCUUCAGCCAUAAAUGAGGAAGUCAAGCGUCGAAAAGAAUCUGGUAAUGGGAACACUACAAGCCUACUGGUCUGCAAAGAGCGACUGGAACUAAUGGACUUUGAUGAGGCAAGGCCUGCUCCGGAUGAUUUUGAUCUAAUCUCAUCUGACUCAAGUUCUGAGGAUGAGAUCUCGGACUACGAGUCACCUCCUGGUUACCGCUUCUAGGAGACAGACGAUUUUGCUUAAGGGGAGCUUCAGUUGUCUAGUUAAGAAACUCUUGUUGAGUUG